AUGUACAAAGAUUAGAAUUCAUUCCAUUAACCAAGAAAUAUUUUGCUGAAUUUUACUCAGCCGAGAGGGCCUUGAAGCCAUAAUGGCCACCCCACCGAGCCCACCGCCAUCCAUGAAUUCGUCCGCAUGUCCAUUCAAAACCAACAUCCCAAGCCCAAAACCACGCGGCGCGCCGGCCGUGGGGGCGUCGCCGGUGUCCAGCGGCCCACGCCACAUCGUCGUUUACGUGCGCGACAUCGUCAACAAGCUCCGCGCCGGCGGGCACCUCUCCGGGCUGGAUACCCCGGACGCUGAGCUCACCGAGGAGGGCACGUCCGCCCUGUUCGAGGGCGUUCUUGAAGCCUUCCUUGCCGAGGUGCGUGCAUCUGCCGGGCUUCCGUUGCUCCCGAAGCCGCUCAUGAUCGGGAAAGACGGCCCGGUGGAGAUGCAGAUGCUCCGCCUGCACCUCGCCGUGCGUUCUAGCGGGGGAUACGCCGCCGUCACGUCAUGGGCGGCCAUCGCCGAGGUGGUCGGCCUCGAACCGGUGGCGGCCGCGCCCCUGAAGCUCCUCUACUUCAAGUACCUCCUGCCCCUUGAGCAGAGCAUCGGCAACUGCAAGCCAGAAAUGCAGGAUCAGGAGGUGGCCGGAGGCUGUCGUGAUGCAGUUGCAGCUCGCCGCUCAAACGGCAAGAAGGACCAGGCGAGCCUCCGAUCAUCAGGCCAUCUAAAGCGUAAGAGGGGGGCGCCGGUGCCUCUGCAGAUGCUCAACUGGGUCCGCCUUGUGGCCAAGAGCCCUCUUGAACAUGGGAAUGGGAUCUGCAGCCAAUUCUCCUCGACGCUUAUGCUCCGUCGCCUGAGGUUUGCAAAUGUUGAUUGCAGCCAACUGGCCCAAAGCACUACCUCGCAGCAGAGCCAUGGCUUUAAGACAUUGCCUAAGAAAUCUUCUACACUAAGGCGCCUUAGAAGAAGGUGUCAUCCUUGAUUUCACAACCUAUCACAUGUUGACUAUAGAGGCGAGUCUGGCGCCACUUGGUCCUCAUCUCAAUGUUGAUGUGGUUGCUGUGAAGGUUUGGAAAAGGCGUUCCUUUCAUCUGCCUGCACUGUCAUGCAUCUAAUCAUGUCUGUUUUGAUCUUCACUUCCCUUUCCCGAUCAACUACACUACUAUGAUGGGAAGGUAGGGAGGGAAUGUGUCUUCUGUCGUGAGGGAGAAGCUAGGCAUAUGAUGUUACUUGUUUAUGUCAUCGCAAGGGAGAGGAUGUGGAAUGGUGUGGCUAUAUAUGGUCAUAAAUAAUGGAUAUAUUGUGCGAAUUUGGUCGCAAGAGGAAUGAGUGGGUCACUAUAUGGAUUUUGGGCA